GGUUGCCAUCCCUGCAUGCAACUUAAUGCAGUAUUAAAUACAACCAUACAAUCAGCUCUCUCUCUCUCAGUACUCUCCAUAAAUCCUCAUCAACAGUCAGAGACCACCACUUCAGGCUUCAGCCACAGCAAUCUCCACCUUCCUUCCUCUUUCAUGAACCAAAGCCUCAUGAAACUUCUCCUUUCCACCUUCGUCCCCCUGCUCCUCCUCUCUUUCCGCUGCGCCUCCCAACUCUCCCCAGAUUUCUACUCCUUGUCCUGCCCCACCGUCGAGCUGCUUGUCAGGGGCACAGUCAGGUCAGCCUCAGACUUGGACUCCACCAUUCCGGGCAAGCUGCUGCGCCUCUUGUUCCAUGACUGCCUAGUCCAGGGUUGUGAUGGGUCGGUGUUGAUACAAGGAAAUGGCACGGAGAGGAGUGACCCUGCGAACAAGUCACUGGGGGCGUUCUAUGUGGUGGAGUCCGCGAAGAGGUUGCUUGAAAUGGUGUGCCCUGGCACUGUAUCCUGUGCUGAUACACUUGUUCUUGCUGCAAGAGAUGCUGUUUGA